AUGUCGCCUGGAGGCCGCUUUUUCUGGGCUUCUCAGACGCGGACGCUUUGUUUUGUACUUUGGGCGCUCACGAUCGGCGCCGACGCAGCUGCUUCAGUGACGCCUCAGUCGGCGCGCGCCGAAUGCUGCGACCCCUUGGCCCAAAGCGGCCAGGACCUCCAGCUGGUUGCUGCGUUGGGCUACCGCCUGACCUUGGCAGAGGCAGAUCUUGCAGGCGACCCAGAGGCCGCCUUGUUGCGCGUGGUGGGCGCCAACUCGGGCUGCGAGGCGGGCGAGGUGCUGCGCGCAGACUUCGCCAACGCCUCCGAGAACUCCUGGCCCGAGGUGCGCGUGCCCUUCCAGGGCACGUACAGCCUCUGCUACUUGGACAACUCCUCCACCUCGGCGUGGCAACAAGUGCCCAACAUCACGCUCUUCGCCCACGGCGCGCCCGCCUCCGCAGCGGUGCGGAGCUACUGCCCGGGCGAGAACAGCAGCUGCUGGUUCCACGUGCCGCUGGAUGCUGGAGCCGUGCAACUCAAGCGGGGCGGCUGCACAGGAUCGCCAGCUUUGCUGACAGCCGCAGGGUCCGGCUGGUACCUCCUCGAAGAGGCGACAGAUGCCCUGCUGGAUGUUUGCUUCUGUGACAGCUUCGAGUUUCAGGCCUCGGACGGCCUCGGCUUCUGCGGGAGCAGCGAGGACUUUCUGCAGCCCCUGGGCUACCUCCAACUUCUGCCGCUCAGCGUCCCAGGCCAGAUCUUCGGCACACAGUCCUUCUCCAUCUCGGUGGACUGCAAUGCUACAGAUUGCAGCUCCGCUCUGCUCCGCUUUGUGGACCCUCAGGACGGCAGCUUCGGCGGCGCCGCAGACCUGUGCCGCACCAAUUCGCCAAACACGGCCCUCAGCAGCUGCAUCAGCUCAGGCCCUCUGGAGAGCUGCGCGCUGUCGGUCGCUUUAGCAACGCUUCGCUUUGGGCAGCCGCAGCGAGGGCGGCUGGCGCCCAGCGCGGCGGCGGUGGGAGUUUGCUUCUGCGACGGGCUCAGCGGAUGCUCAGCCGCUACGUCCUGGCAGCGCAUCGGGCAGCUCACCGUGCAGCCGCUGCAGCUUCCUGAGACGUUUCUCGCAGCAGUUACGGAGGAGCUGCGUAUUGCAUCUCCUGGAGGUCGCUUCAACGCAGCAGAGCGGCAUUUCCUGAAGCUCCUGCCAGAUGCGGGGGACUUUGAGGAGGCAGACUGCAGCCUGGAGACCAACCACUCCGACCUGUGCGAAGAGCAGUGCCGACCAGCUGAGGUGGCAGACGAGGAGCUCACGUGGCAGGCACAGGUCUAUGUGCCAGGCUGGUAUGCUGCGUGCUACUGCAGCACACUUGCCACUUGCCAGGCGCAGGACUGGCAACUGCUGGGCAUUCUUCCGGUGACCGGCGUGAGCCUCGUGUCCGUGGGGGCGACCGGAGCAACAGGAGGAUCGAAGGCCGCGCGCGGCCAGCGGAUCGAAGUCCAGCUGCGGGGCCUGGGGUUCCGAACCGGCGACCGGCUCACGCUGGGCGGCUGCCAGGGCAUGGAGGCGACGCCGAUGCCAGGUGCCUUCUCCGGCGCGAUUCUGUCUUCGACCUUGGAGGGUAGCCGCUGGCGGCUGCACCUCUCGGAUCCUCACGGCCUGCAGCGGGGAGACGCGGUGGACCUGGGCUUCGGCCCCAUCACCGUGAUCUCAGCCACGGACACAGAGAUCUUGGUGGAGUCAGCUCCCGCGAGCGCCUCCUGGAGCGCCUCCUCGCGGGCCGCCUUCGAGGCACGUCUUGCGGCGCCUGGGGCCUAUGAGGUGUGUUGGAGCCGCGGAAGCCGCUCAUUCCUGGUGGGCGCCAUUGACGUGGUGCACCCGCCCUCCUUCCCGUCAGAGUGGCAUUUGACCACCUCUUUGCCCAGAACCCGUGCCCCCAGCGUCUUGGCCUUCCAAAGCAAUGCCCCUGCUCUGCACCUCAGCAUCGCCCUCCGAAUGGACUCAGACCUCCGUCUGACCUUCGAUCCUGCCGCCAAAGGCUUGGCGCAAGAGGUGCCCCUCAGCAGCGCCUCCUUGGCCAUUUGCGGCCACCUCUUCCGGGAGCUUUGGGCCGACCAGGAGGCGUGCGGCGAGACCUCUAUUCAUCAUCCGCUUUGA